GCUACCUAGCUAGCUACUCGCCUGGCUAUUUGCACGAUGGACCUCAGAAACUACAUUUCGUCAGCUGUUCACGAAAUUCUUUAUGACAGAAAGGACAAAGCCAAAUCAAAUGAGCAGCACAUUCAGGAGUCCAGAGGUGGCAUCAAUAAUGGCAGUGGUUCUUGGCAAGGAACUGGAGCAGGAAACCAGCCGAAUCAACAGCAUGGACAAUACGGAUGAAGUGGUUGAAUUUCUUUGCUCGCGCACCAACUGGCAGAGGCAAGAGAUUGCGCAGGCUUUUCAGUCACUUUAUGGAGAAGAGCUCACAAAGCACUUAAUGUCCGAUUUCAACGCCGACUUCAAGGACAUCAUUCUAGCAUUGAUGGAGCCUACGUCAGUUUACGAUGCGAGGCAACUACAUAAAGCGGUCAAAGGAAUGAGCACAAAUGAAUCUGUCCUCAUAGAAUGCAUGACGUAUAUGACAUCGCGCAACAAUCAGCAAAUAUCCGAAGUACGUAGAGUUUAUAAGGAACUUUACAAUGUGGAUCCCACAAAAGAUUUAACAGUAGGAAAUCAUGGCUUGCAAGAUCAUCUCGCAUCACUUUGCGCUCAUGGCAAGGCAGAUAAUUUUAGCAGUUUAGGCACUUCGAAGAGCUGCGAUUUUUAUCGCGCUAGAGAAGAAGUAGCGACCAGGAAUCUGCAUGAUAUCAAUGUGCAAAGAACGGAAAAUACUUACAAUCAGAGGAGUGCUGUAACAGAAGAAUCCCACAACGUCAGAGAGCAUCAUAUCAAUACCAGCAAUUUCAGCAGUGAGACUCGUAAUUAUCAAGCCGAAACUUCCUACAGCAACGAGCACCAUAUCCGAACGGAAGCUGGUUUACAGUACGGUCACCCAAGUCAAAUGUACAACCCCUACGAAACCCGUCCUUCUGUUACUGAAAAAACUUACGGAGAUAAUCGAAGCUCUGUCGAGACGGACGAGUCUCUCCUUAGCCACAUCCUAUCUGCUGGGAGCAUGCAAGAGCUGCGGAAAAUCUUUGAUGGAUACCAGAAAGAAUCUAUGCAAACAAUCGAAAAAGCUAUUGAGUCGCAGUUUUCUGGCUACAUUCGUGACGGUCUUCUAGCUGCUGUCGGCGUGUCACGUAAUAAACCAGCUUACUUUGCCAAACUUCUCUAUGAAGCACUCAAUAAUCGUGAUUCUAAAAUCAAUGACCUCAUACGACUGAUCGUAAGCCGAAGCGAGUACGAUAUGGUGGAUAUAAGGAAGCAGUUCCAGGAAUUGUACAAAACUUCUUUGGAAGAAAUGAUCAAAGCUAAAUGCUCAGGAAUAUGCAAAGAUGUACUUGUUGCUCUUGUUAGAGCGAAAUUUAUCGCAAAAGUUAUGUAUCCUUUUCGAAUACUAUUGCUUCUGUUAGUAGUUUGCUACUGUAUAGCGCUCGAAUGCUACACUGGAAUCAAAUACAUCAAAGGUCGUAGCAUGGGUACAUCGACGAAGAAAUGUGAGCGCCCUUCUGAUUUUUGUUACAAUGUGUCUCUCGAUCUCACGCAAUUCAACGAGAUCACAAUGGCUGGCUGUUCGACGAAUAGAUGUAUGCUAAGCCCAAACAAAUGCAUCAGGCAGAACUUAUUAGGGCACGAGAUCGUAUUCUGCUGCUGUAACACUGGUGACCUCUGCAAUUCGAAGCUUACUAAUCUCACCACAUACGAAAAGCUGAAAGAACGAGCAAAGGACAUUUUCAAAGGUCUCUUAAACAUCAAAUGGUAGUGAACUCAACUUUGUACAAAGCUGUACUUUGUAUAAAUUAUAACACCUUGGAUUGCUUUAUUUUGCGUACAGUAGUACUACUCAAAUUCUGUAAUCUUUCGAAUGUUCGAAUAACUAUGCCAAAUGAUAAAUGUUGUGGCAGA